GUUGAAAGGAUUUUCAUAAAGGGGGAAGAAGCAGCUGACUGGCCGCUCAAUAUCUAUUAGUUUCUUGCUUAAAGUUCAACAUAUUCAGUGCGAAAAAUAGAAUUCGUUUUUCAUGAUUCAUUUUUUUCAGCAGUCAGCUCAGUACAGAGUAAUCUUCUUUCUAAUCCAUUAGUACCUUGGCGCGAUUCUGUAUAUUGGCUGUUAGACUGUACGCUAUCUUGAUGACUUUAAUGCGCUCCUCUGUUGUUGUUGAUCCACGUCGGAUGCUGUUAUCUUGAUAACCGACGAAAAGUCUUCCGCGAGGUUCAUACCUAGAGUUAUUGAUGGUUACUAUCUCAAUUAGAUGAGUGCUGAAAGUAUUUACGAAUCGACAACAGAAGAGAUAUGGAUUUUAUAACAGAAGAGUAGACUUCUCAAGUCCUUUUCAGAGCAAACGAAUCGACCAAAAGCAGUAGCUGACAAACCGAUCCAGCUGCCUACUAGAAGACCGUAAUUUGCUGUCAAUAUAUCUUACCUCCACCGUCGCAUCGUUGCGUCAUUGAUCGUCACUGAUGUUUAUCCUGCGUCAAUAUCGGUUGUUGAUAUCGCUGUUGUAGUUGAGGUUGAAGAGGCUCCUUGUCGACGUCGUUGUGGUAGUUCACGUUGAAGUGGUUAGUGUCGCGGUGAUAAAUCAUUCAGCUGAAUUCCAUCUUCACACAGGCUCCCAAUGUAAUGGCUCUCAUCACAUUUUGAGAUAAUCCUACACGUUUUAAAGAGUCUUUUAGUACAAAUACUCUUUAAAGCAAUAUUUUCUCGUCUCUUCAGGUUCCGAUAGCCCCUCGCAAGCAACACGAUCAUUCACAACAACCGCAGUCACUACGAGCAACACAAAUACCAAAACUACAACACUUAACGACCCCACAAAAACCACCUUCAUUUCCACUCCAACAUCGAGGUCCACGACCACCAUCGCCCGAACUACUUGGACCGCAAUCAUAACAUCCACGCCGACAACUAUCACCACGCGGACCACUUUAAUUCCAGAAACGUCGUCGACGGUGACCAUCACACUAACCACUACAACCUCAACUGCAAAACCGACAUCGAUCCCCAGCAGCAGAGGAACCACCACCUCCACGUCGUGUAGUGCAACCAGUACUAUAGCUACCACUUCCACCUCCACUACAACGGCGACGUCGAAAACCGGCACUACACCAAACACCUCGACCUCAUCUACAACAACCACGUCAACGACUACCUCAACAUCGACAACCAUCACCACGCCAACCACUACGACAUCAACUACAACAACCACUAAGACCUCAACUGCAACACCGACGUCCACAACCAGUACUAUAGCUACCACUUCGACCUCCACUACAACGGCGACGUCGAAAACCGGCACUACACCAAACACCUCGACCUCAUCUACAACAACCACGUCAACGACUACCUCAACGUCGACAACCAUCACCACGCCAACCACUACUACCACAGCUACCGCUUCGACCUCAACUACAACAGCGACGUGGACAACCAGUACUACAGCUACCACUUCGACCUCAACUGCAACACCGACCACUACGACCACAGCUACCACUUCGACCUCAAGUACAACAGCGACCUGGACAACCACUACCACUUCGACCUCAACUACAACGGCGACCACUACUACUACCGCUAGCACAUGGACCUCAACUACAACAGCGACGUCGACAACCACUACCACUUCGACCUCAACUAAAACAGCGCACACUAAUACCACAACUACAACUACGACCUCAAGAACAACCGCGUCGUCGACAACCAGUACUACCGCUACCACUUCGACCUCAACUACAACAGCAACGUCGACAACCAGCACUACAGCUACAACUUCGACCUCAGCAACGUCGACAACUACCAAUACAGCUACCACCUCGACCUCAGCUAAACCAGCAGCCACUACUAGCACAGCUACGACUUCGACCUCAACUACCACGGCGACGUCGACAACCAGUACUACAGCAUCCACCUCGAUAUCCUCUAAAACCCACACGUCGACCACUACCACCACAACAACAACUAUCACCUCAACUACGACCGCGACAACCAGCACUACGACAACCAGCACUACAGCUAGCACUUUGGCCUCAACUACAACAUCAGCGUCGACAACCAGCACUACAGGUACCACUCCGACCUCAACUGCAACACCGACCACUACAACCACAGCUACCACUUCGACGUCAACUACAACAGCCACCACUACUACCACUUCGACCUCCACUACAACGGCGACGUCGAAAAUCAGCACUACACCAAACACCUCGACCUCAUCCACAACCGCCACGUCAACGACUGCCUCAACCACAACAGCAUCCACCUCAAUAUCAUCUAAAACCCACACGUCGACCACUACCACCACAACAACAACUAUCACCUCAACUACGACCGCGACAACCAGCAUUACGACAACCAGCACUACAGCUACCACUUUGGCCUCAACUACAACAUCAGCGUCGACAACCAGCACUACAGGUACCACUUCGACCUCAACUGCAACACCGACCACUACAACCACAGCUACCACUUCGACGUCAAGUACAACAGCGACGUCGACAACCAGUACUACAGCCACAACGUCGACCUCAGCAACCUCGACAACUACCACUACAGCUACCACUUCGACCUCAACUACAACAGCGACGUCGACAACCAGUAAUACAGCUACGACUUCGACCUCAACUACAACAGCGACCGCCGGUACCAAAGCUACAACUACGGCCUCAAGUACAACAGCGACGUCGACAACCAGUACUAUAG